AUGGCGACGGAGCACCGGCGAUUGAAGGAGGCGACGCUGAAUUCGCCGGGGAAAAGAGAGAGGAGCCAUUUGCGCAGAGAGAGAGAGAGAGGCGAUGCCUCCUCUCCUUCUCCGACGGUGCAACAUCAGCAGGGCAGCGACGCGGGAUGCCGAGGGGAAACGCCGGCGGCGCUCCGGCAACCCGGGUGGAGCGGCGCCUUCACCGAGAGGAAGGAGGGGGAUGAGUCUAGGGAUUUUUCCCCCAAAUCCAUUUCUGUGAGAGCCGAUGGAACUUAUGCUGCGGCAUCUUCUCUUAAGAAUACAAUUCAACAUAUUCUACAAUCGUCUCGUAUUUCGCUGGCUCCCCUUUCUUCUGAAAUCCUACAGCCGGCCUACGAGGCCAUGUCUCGUUUGCAGGAAGUUCUUCUAAAAUUGGACGACACCAGCUGUAGCAAGAUCAGGACGGAGGUGAAUGCUUUGGAUGAACGAAUCAAAGAGGCUGCAUGGGAAUUCGAAGAUUUACUAGAAUCCGAAUUCGUUGAUCAAGUUCUUCCACAACUUGAAAUCUUGCCAAGAGUUGAUCAGGGAGAUAACUUGUCUUUUCAUGUUGAUCUGGAGAGUUUGCAACAUUGCGUUGAUAACUUGCUCAAGAAGAUGACCGGGAUGGAGGAGGAGUAUGAUAUUGAACUGGAAAAUAUGCCAGAAGAAGAAGAUGAACCUAUUUCCUCAAGAAUUGAUUUCGGAGGAAUCAACUCAAAGAUGGUUGGAUUAUCUGACCAAUUUGAACAAGUCCGGGAUUAUCUUGUAGAAGAUGAAGGAACUUGGUUAUCAGUUGUUGGGAUGGCUGGGGUUGGUAAAACAACUCUUGCAAAGAAAGUAUUUGACGAUCCAUCUGUUCAGAAACAUUUCGAGUAUCGAGCAUGGGUCAAAGUGGGCAGAAAGUGUGAAUACAAUGAAAUAUUAAGAGGCAUACUAGCUCAAGUGGAUCCCAACACUUACCACCAAAUGAUCACCGAAGAAGACAAUGGUGAUGAUGACGAUAAAUUAGUUGGACACUUGGAAGAUAGAUUGAAGGAUAAGAAAUGCCUAAUUGUGUUAGAUGAUGUAUGGGAAUGGGAUAGACGAGUAAUGGAUAACUUGCCAGAAGAGAAUAUCCAAAUCUUGGUUACAAGCAGACUAAGAAUUAAAGUAUAUCCAAUUCAAGUAGUACGCUUGUUGAAUGAAGAAGAGAGUAAAAAAUUACUUGGUGAGAAGGUGUUCGGUGAAGAGGGUUUUCCUCUUAGCCUUGAGAAAUUGGGAGAGAAGAUUGCCAAAAAAUGUGAAGGUCUUCCACUAAUGAUAGUCACAGUUGCAGAGCUCCUAUCCGAAGAAGACAAGACCCCGGAAUACUGGACUGAGGUAGCUGACAUACAACAUAGUUCAGUGUUCGUGGAUGCAUAUAAUCAAAUAUCUGAGGUCCUUAUCACCAAUAUCCAGUGCCAAUACAUGACAUGGAUUUCAAGUUGCUCAGGGUACUAG